AGCCAAUGCGUGCGCCGUUCGCGUGUACAUGUUGUUUUCGCCGCAUAUUUCAAUUCAAAUUACACGCGCGGAUAUAUCGACGGCUCAUUUAAUUCCCGCUCGCUGCCGUUCGCGCGGCGCUCCAGCGAACGCAUCCGCAGCUCAUCAUCAAUCGCCGCGGAAUCGGCGCUUCGCCGGCAGCUGGAAAGAACAACAGAAGUGCAAACAACAACGAAAAAAACUCUCCACAAAAAAAGUGUAAUCAAGUAGUUAGCAGUGUGUGCGGGUUUCUUUGUGACAAAAUUUCGAAGGAAUCGCGCGUGCUCAGCUUAGUAACUACAAAAUUACUUAGUACAAGAUGCGGCAAAAAGUGAUAAUAUCUAUAUUGCUGUCCAUUCUGUUGGAGUGCAUUGCAGCCAAUCAAAUCUACUUUCCUGAUUAUGACUCACAAAACAACGCUACGGCACUUUUAGAACAAAGUCGAAAUACCAACGAAUAUGAACCCACCGUGGACGCUAUCAUCUCCCGAGGAGUUCUUAAAUUUACCCUCUCACUACAGAAAUACAUGGCUAAAAAAUCAAAAGAGCCUAAUGUUGUAUUCGCGCCUGUAAAUAUAGGAGGUGCAUUAGCCUUGGUGUUGCUGGCAUCCAGCGGAAAGACCUUCGAUGAAAUCUCCAACAUUCUAGGCCUCGCAUCAGGCGUGGAUAUACAAGCAAACAGCGAACGUGUGCACAUGCAAAUCGGACGGAUUUUAGACAAACUAGACCGAAGUACAACAAUAAAAACCGAUGAAGAAGUUAAAUUAGCUUCGGCGAUUUUUGUCCAGGAUGAUUACCCGAUUCGCAGCGUGUUUAAACAAGCCAGUGAACAGAUAUAUCGAAGUGAGAUUUUGAAUGUUGACUUUACAAAAGGAGUAAAAGCACGGGAUGCCAUCAACGCUUGGGUUAAUGACAGGACCAAUAGUAAAAUUAAAGAAAUAUUUAAUAAAGAUCCGCCUGCUUACACCAAAGCGAUCAUUGUAAGCGCGUUGUAUUUUAAAGCAUCUUGGGAGAAGCCUUUCUCGCAGGGAGCAACGAGAAGAAAACAAUUUUAUGUAAACGGACGCGAUCAGGAGUCAAAUGUUAUGGUUGACUUCAUGGCUAAUGGAGGUCUAUUCCCCUACUAUAGAGAUAGAGUAUUGGACUGUGAAAUCAUGGGUUUUCCCUACAAAGAGAACAAAUCGACUUUAUAUGUGAUUAUGCCAAAACAUUCCAACAAACAAAAGUUGCAAGAACUGCAAAACCGUUUAACCCCUGAAGAUUUGGAGAAAUUAGCGGAUAGUACAAGAUACACUCAGUCAAUGAUAUUGUUUCCUAAAAUGACCCUUGAAAGUGAAAUGGAUUUAAGCGAUGCGCUUAUAGAAUUUGGUGCGAGUAGUCUUUUUAAUGCGAGGGAAGCAAAUUUAGCGUUGUUGUCACCGGGUCAAAAUGCAUUUGGUGCUUCGAGUAAUCCAGUAAACAGUGAAAGCCCGCCAAUAGGUAGACAACAUCCGAAUCAAGGAUCAGCUUUUCAAAGUACUCAAAAUUUCCAAAACGAUCAAUUUGUUCCUUCAGCUGCGCUGAAUCCAAUCGAGGCCGAAACCAGCAAUAGCAACGCCAAUAAUCAAGUUUUAAUCUUUUCGCGAACAGGGGUUCCAAUUAACUGUACAGAAAUCUUUGACCCUACGAGUAAUAUUACAAAAUGUCAGGAGAUUGACGAAGCCACACAAAAGGAAGUUAUUUACAAGAAGUUUGGAGAUAAAGUAGGACGGCGUAUUAGUCGAAAUACACCGUAUGAGACUAUCGAUACGGUUAGACAACAUCUAACUGCUAAUGACAAUCCAGGCUUGUAUGCAAAUCAAGUGUUACACAAAGUUUUUAUGGAGAUUACAGAGUCGGGAACUGAGGCUGCUGCAGUCACCUCGGUCAGUCUGACGCGAACCGGAGAUUUUCAAUCGUUUAAAAUAGAUCAACCCUUUAUUUUCUUCAUCAGGAAUCAUGAGACAAGGCUGAUUCUGUUUUGGGGCAGCGUAACGAAGCCCACGCCUAAUUAUAGCAAUUAAUGUGUGAUUUGUAGAUUUUAGAGUUAUGUUAAGUGUGUAUGUGGUUUUACAAUUGCCUAGAAUAAGAAAUAAAUUACUUGAUGAUAAA